UCCAACGGGCGGAAGUCUCAUUCUAUUGCAGGAGGUCGUCUCGACAAAUCUGCAUGCAAGAAAGCAAAUUGCAAAGACAACAUUUAUAUUGAUAGACAGAGUAAAAGUCGGCAUCUCUGCCUUGGUAUUUCUUCCUGAAUAUUUUGAAGCCGAUUUUCUCGCGUUGUUGGAGCUGUAUGCUUGAAGGAGCAAUCACGAUGACAUUACUGGUGAAACAAGAACCGUCCCUGGUGCUUUCGAUGAUCCUGACGCUGUGGCUCUCUAGUAGUCACUUUGUCGCCCAGGAAGAACUAAAAGGGGCUCCAAAUUGCUGUGGUACCUGCUUGCAAGGACCGACUGGAACACCUGGCGUCCCGGGGAUCCCUGGGAGUUCAGGAGGUCAAGGACCUAUUGGCCCCAGAGGUGACCCCGGCAUUGGCCUGCCUGGACCCAAGGGGGAGACCGGCGAGCAAGGACUGAAGGGAGACCAGGGCGAACGGGGGAUACAAGGGCUUCCGGGGAAGCUGGGGCCUGCGGGUCGAAAGGGGGACAUCGGUGAGGGGCAGAAAGGUGAUCAGGGGCAGCAAGGAGUCCAGGGACCACCUGGUGAAAAGGGGCAAAAGGGUCAGCCAGGAGAUUCUACCCUGGUUACACCAACACUGCCCUCUGCUGUCGCAUUCAGUGCUUACCGUACGACCCAAGUCACAGGCAAUGGUGGUGAUGUCAUCAUCUUUGACAACAUCGAGACAAAUCUCGGCGAUGGAUAUAGCUCGCAAUCCGGUGUGUUUACAUGCUCAGUACCGGGGGCCUACUUCUUCACAACCAGCUUACAGAGGACCGCAUCCUCAGUGCAUCCUUACGUCAAACUGAAAAAGAACAGUCAGCUUGUCUUUUCCAUCUAUGAUAGUGGCUCUAAUAUGUACCGUCAGUGUAGCAACUCAGCAGUUAUUAUUCUGGCUGCGGGAGAUAGAGUUUGGCUUGAGUUUGGCAAUAAUAACCGAGGUAUUUACAGUGACUCUAGCAGGUAUUCCUUUUUUUCUGGAUUUCUGAUCUAUUCAAUGUAGGGCAACUAUGGAGGAAACUUGAUAGAUUGUUUGCUGUAAGAAACCAGAUACGACUAGAGUGAACAACUGAAGCGGACUGGGUCCUCUGGAAAAAUAGGAAUUGGUAGCAAUGAAACCAUAUAAAAGGAUUGGCGGACUUUUCUGGAGAGAUUAUUUCGACAUUUAAGUUUUCUUUUUCGCAGACAUUGUUUUCAUUAUCUUCAUGUUUCUAGACACAUGCGACAAUUCUUUACCGUCAGUCUUGCAACUCAACUGUUAUAACUGUUAUUGAUUUAGCGGCAGAAGAUAGGGUCUGGCUGAAGUGUGUCAGUAAUAACUGAGGUAAAGCAUUUAUCCUUUUUUUCUUGCUUUCUGAUAAUCCUAGUGAUGCAACUUGGGACAAUUUUACUUGUGUGGUGAUUGGCAUUGUAAUAAAAAAUCUAUUUAAGUGCAUUGAUCAUAACACUGCAUUUCUGGUAAUAAUUUGCAAUGUAUGUUGCGCUUUUUAAAUAUCCAUGAGGCAUGACCAUUAUUCCGGUCAGAAAUUACCUUUUGUAGACUAGUUUGACCUUUUACGAGUGACUGUUUACCCAGAAUAGUCACACACCGACCAGGGAAGCAGUCAGGCACCAAGGGAUUAAAAUUGCAGAUCAGUGAUUAAGGAGUCUCAAGACUGUUGCCUCUUUGGCUUAGAUUUGAAGGGUAUGGCACAUCUCGUUUCAAUUUUGACAUCUCUGUCCUAAGCAACUAUGGCAAAAUUGAAAUGAAAGUUUGCCAUGUGUCAAACGUUAGUAUGAAUAUCAGGAAUAGAAAAGUUACACACAGCGAAUUAAAAACAAAAUGAAAUGCAGUCCUAUGAUUGGAAAAUGAUAAACAGGAAAGGAAGUCAAUAUAAAAAUAAGCACUAGCCGAUAGGUUUAUAUUUUUAUGAAGAAACGAACAAGUUUUCUUAAUAAAAAAGGCAUGAUUUGAAGACAAACAAAGAACUUAUAUCUGGGAAAUUGUAAUAAAAAGCAUACUUUAUCAUUUCGUGAGUAACCCUCUAAAUUGACAUGCUACACAUAAAAAUCCUCAAAAAUGGUGCAGCUUCAGAAUGUUGUAAAAUAAAAUGUGCAAAAAUGAAGAAAAACAAUAUAGACAGUAUAUUACCAGAACAAAACAGGAACUAAUAACGUUUCAGUAAUCUUAAUCUACAUCGUAGGUUGGAAUUAAGCUCAUUUAGUUACUGCAUGCCUUUCAAACAAUUUAAAUGAUAUUACUUUGGUACUUAUUGGUACGAAGAUCUUGAACAGUUAGUUGCUUUCUCUUCAUAAUACAUUGUGUUGGCCAUUUGAUGUGAGUAUUCCUUUCAUAGAUUUGAUUUUUGCAAGAGAUAUACCUGUAGCCCUGAAGACUUUGGACCCUUCUUGAGCCACAUCUAUGUAAGUACCACUUCAUUUCUAUUUUUCGAAGUGCUGAAUUCUUUUUGUAACAGCCUUGAUUUCCGUCCCGCGUUUUUAAAAAUGCAUGUUCACACGUCACCGUGUGCGCUUUCUCUUCUACCUGAUAAGAUAAUGUACAGAAAUAUUUACUAGUUUGUUGUUCUCUUAAUAUUUUUGCUAGGUUUAGCAUAAUCUGCUACAGCCAUCAAAACGAUUUCCGGGAGAAAUUUGUAGUGUAAUGUAGCCACAUUAUUUCGAAAAAGUGAUUCUUUGCAGGAGAGAAAUAAUUUGUCAGUGUAACUCGUUUCGAUGAAAUGUUUCGUUGGUUUGAAAUUGCCAGACACGGGCAGGCACUGCAUCAGAAAUUCAGAUAAUUUGUCUCGUGAUUAUGGACGUGAUAAUGUUUUUUCAGUAAUGGUUCUGAAGGUGAUAGAAUGAAAAUACAUUACACAGAUUCCAAUGCCCUGGCUGUGUUUCUUUUUUCGGUUGCAGUUAACAGAUUCAUUUUUAAUUUUUUUUCAUAAAUCAUCCUUAAUUGGUAG